GGAACGCGCGACUAGGGACAUUGAAACUGAGAGCAUCAACUCUCCGCAGGAGAUAUCACUCCUCCCUCACCACAAAAUAUCACUCCGGACAUUGAAAGCGCGUCGGUGUUGCCGGGUGUCCGUCGAGAGUGAUGACUCGCAAGUGAUUUCGAAAAAAAAAAUUCUCGGUAAAAAAAAGUAAACGGACGAAAGACUCGUCAGGACUGUCAGUUUGUGAUUCCCAAGGUGACCUUUCCGUCAACAUUGACGGGAGGAGAUAAUAGUGCAAGUGAAAACAAAUCGGGUGUAAACAGAGGAACUCGUGUAAACACAGGAACGCGUGUAAACACAAUUGAUGCGUCGCGUGUUGACAGUGUCGUGAUACAGUAAAAGUGAAUUCGUGUGAACCGCCGAACGUUUCGGGCAUUACUUGACCUUCAGGUAUUAAUUGAUAAAGUGUUUGACACUCGUAAACAAUCGAAUGGUGAUUAACUGUUGUUGAACAGUACAGUGAGGACAUUGGGGCACGGGGAUAAGCCAAUUGUUGGCUCAACGGCUUCACCACGCGCUCCGACGAGUGGAGCGGUCUCCUGCCCAGCUCCACUAUCGUGGGUGCUGGGGGGUCACCAUGGUUGGGAUUGGGUGCUGGUGGUGGCGCCGGAGCAACAACUGGCGGUGGAAGUCCUGUAGAGCUCGAAGGACACUGGGGAAGAAAAUUGUACGGUGCAAGUGUUGCACCACCACCACCACCACCACAUCAUCAUCCCCGUGCACCACUUGUUUUUGCACCCCAGGACAUGCGGCAAAUACUGAAGGAGGAACCGGUGCCACGUGCUUGGCCACAACCAGCACUUGCUGACACAGCUUCGGUCGGUGUCGGAAGAGCGCAUUUUGAGAAGCAACCACCUAGCAAUUUGAGAAAAAGUAAUUUCUUCCACUUCGUCAUAGCUCUGUACGACAGAGGUGGCCAGCCGAUUGAAAUCGAGAGGACAGCGUUCAUUGGAUUCGUCGAAAAAGAUCAGGAAUCAGAGGGACAAAAAACAAAUAAUGGAAUCCAGUACAGGCUGCAACUACUCUAUGCCAAUGGACACCGACAGGAGCAGGAUAUUUAUGUGAGGCUCAUCGAUUCAUCGACCAAACAGGCGAUAAUGUACGAGGGACAGGACAAAAAUCCGGAGAUGUGCCGGGUAUUGCUGACCCACGAAGUCAUGUGCAGUCGGUGCUGCGAUAAGAAAAGCUGUGGAAAUAGAAACGAGACGCCCAGUGAUCCCGUAAUCAUCGACCGAUUUUUCCUCAAAUUCUUCCUCAAGUGCAAUCAAAAUUGCCUGAAGAAUGCAGGCAAUCCCAGGGAUAUGCGACGGUUUCAGGUCGUGAUAUCGACGCAAGUGGGCGUCGAAGGACCGCUACUGGCCAUUUCCGACAACAUGUUUGUCCACAACAACAGCAAACAUGGACGAAGGGCCAAACGACUGGAUCCCAGUGAUCACGGCGAAUACAACAGUUUAUAUCCAGCGUUGCCCUUACAAACCCCCUGUAUUAAAGCGAUAUCACCCAGUGAAGGCUGGACGACGGGUGGUUCCACUGUGAUAAUAAUCGGUGAACACUUUUUCGAUGGCCUUCAAGUGGUCUUCGGUACAAUGUUGGUCUGGAGUGAACUAAUAACAGAUCAUGCAAUAAGAGUUCAGACACCCCCACGACAAAUACCCGGAGUUGUUGAAGUGACGUUGUCCUACAAGAGUAAACAAUUUUGCAAAGGCUCACCAGGAAGAUUCGUCUACGUCUCUAUGAACGAGCCGACGAUCGAGUGGGGCUUCUCGAGGUUGCAGAAGCUGAUCCCACGGCAUCCGGGUGAUCCGGAGAAGCUGCCCAAGGAGAUAAUCCUGAAGAGGGCAGCCGAUUUGGCGGAAGCGUUGUACAGUAUGCCGAGGGCUGGUAACACAGCGAUAUCGGGUGCACCUAGAAGUCCUGGUGCAUCGAGUCAUCCAACAGCACCACCAACAUCGACAUCCAGCGCAGCCUUUAAUUCUUAUACCGGUCAGCUGGCGGUCACGGUCCAGGAAAAUGGCAGUGCAGCCAAGUGGACAGAUGACGGUGGCUCAGUGAGUGCGGGAGGCGGUGGCGGUGGUGGUAGCAGUGUGGGCGGAAGUGCCGAUACAUACAGACAGAGCAGUAGCGCUAGCCCACGUGGUGUUGUCAGUGGUGGUUACUGUGGUAGUUCAGCAAGUACGCCCCACAGUCACAGUACGAGUGGCAGUUACUCAGUCGCCAAUCCAUACACCGGGAGUCCAACCCUCUAUACAUCACGGCUAGGAGACGUAGUUGGUUCAACAUUCAACAUGAAUCCAUUUAUGUUGCCAACAUCCAGUCAGGGUUACCCCGGUGUAUCGAGUCCACUACUGGCAGCUAAUAUCAAAUAGUACGAGGACUCAUCCAGCCACGAGACUGAUGGUAGCCACUGAAAUAAUUCAACAUUAAUCAGUACUUGUCAAUGGACCUGAUCCUGUUGACAUCACCAACUGACCACCCAGUUGUCAACCAGUUUUGAUGGAAUAUCGUCAUCCGCUAAUGAAAUGUCAUCUACCAUCACAUCACCGUGAGAACCGAUCAAUCGGCUGUGGACUAUUUUUUUAUUUCAAUAUGUUUUUACCUCUCGUUGUCUCCAAGACCAUCAUCAAGACCAUCAACCAAUGGUGGGCACAUGUGUACGAUAUAAAUAAGACUCUAGUGAUUUUUUUUUUUAGUGAAAUAUUGAUGAAACUUCGUGUGUAUAAAAUCAUUGAAUUGAAGAAUUUCAAGACAUAUCGAAAAACGGGAACAUGUAACAGGAAAAGUCGACGUAGAAGUCAGGUUUUUUUUUUUUUUCUUGUGGACCUUUUGUCUUUGUGACGUCUGAUCAAUUUAUGCGACUAGUCCCCGGCGUCCACUCGCUUCGGCUUUAUGAAAAUAACAGACAUUUUCGUAAAAGCGUUACGGUGUACGUCUGUAUACCGUUUCUCCAAAAGUCUACUUGGACGAACUUGAGUGGCCGUUGAAGGGACCGAAGGCGAAACUUCAAUAUUUUAUAUGCCAUCCACCCCCUUCGGGAUCGCUGGGUUCAGCGGUGGGGGGAGGAGGGUGUAACAGGAGUUUUUCAUGGAGUAUUAGAGGCAAAAAGAGAAUGUCAGAUCCACUAGACAGACAUAUCGCGUAUCAAUAAGACAACUCCAUAAUUUUUCAGGUGGGAAGAGAGAAAUGGAGAUGAUAUUCUAUUUCAUCCCCCUUUCUAAUUGUCGAAUAGACUGAUUGAGGAAUUUGGUUGAUGUUGUGGGAUGAAUUGAGGUGAAUUGAUUUUUUUACUUUGGGGGAAUGCAUUUGAUAUGCGGUUGAAUUAAUUAGGAGCUUUGGGGGAUGAAGGGAGGUUUUUAAGGUAUAAAUAAUCAGGAGGAUCUUGUGAUUUAAUGUCUGUUAUUCAAAAUGUAAAGGGGUUGGUAAAAUAGAACUUGUUUUGGGAGGUGAAUAUCCGGUAGUAAUUACUUAAUUUUUGGUAAUAAUUAGUUAGUUUGACGUGAUGCAACACGCCAUCUAGAUCUUGUCCACACUUUCAGGUCUUAUUUUCCCGAAUUUUCAUCCUCGACGUUUUCCUUCUUAAAUUUUCCCCGCGAUAAUUUUCUUUCGAUAUUUUUUACUGUCUUGAUAAACGGGAAAUUUUUAGUCAAAUUCCCUUGUAAAAUUCUAUGGAGAAUUAAUUCUGGUUCCCUUUCUACUCAAUUAAAAAAAUCCUAUUCAAUAAUUUUCGGUGACGUCACAAGAUGUCCGACGUUAUAUAAAUUCGACCUGAAUUUCCACGGUCUAGUAUGCAGAUUAAUCAAUUGUCUUUGAUUAUUUGUACUUUUUAUCACCUCAGGUGCACUUGAAGGUACAGUAAAUCGUGUCGAUACUUCAGACGAUUUGAGGUUAAACCCAGCCCAGCGCUGACCUUGAGGGGUUAACGAACAUCUGGGAGUUUAUUCUCAAUUUUUUUUGCUUAAAUGAGAAGCCAUAAAAAUGUCAAAAAAAUAACUAUACUCACUAUCACCUACACUGAGUUUAUUCAUAAUUUUUAUCUUAAUCAAUCGUGCUCUGAUUAACUAGAAAAAAAUUUGAAAAACUCCAGUCGAUUAGAGUGACCGUCUCUAACCUCUAAAAAUAUAAUUGAAUUUUAAUUAAAUCGAAUGAACUUUUUACGCAUAAUUAUCGUAUUUUCCUUCGUUCUCUGGUAAUUUAUUGUUCACUAAAAGUUGAAACCUUUUUCUUACCUCAAAAUUCAUUUAUUCCACAUUAAUCAUAAAACAUGAAGUGAUUUUUCACUCCAAUUAUCGAUUUAGUAAUGAUUAUCGAAUGGUUUAUUUUGAAUGAACACGUCAUUGUUCAACUGAAUGGUUCGAUAACUAUCGACAAAAGUUCAGUUAAAUAAAAAUAAAAAAUAAAAUAAAAAAUUAAAUUAUGUUAUACAACAACAGUCACCGAAUCUCCACGACACCAACCAAAUUUUUUCAUCAGCGAUACUGUCAUUAACUUGAAUUACCAGUGUAAUUUGUAUAUUAUUUGUAAAUAUUGUUGCAAUGUACAAAAACAAAUAAUAAAUACUACUAUUGAUAAAAGUAUUCCUGAUAUAGGGAUCCAGCGAAAGGAAAGUUGGAACUAUUCGUUUAGAGCGAUUGUAGAUUAACGGUUAUUGAAGUGAAGAGAAAAUGAUUAAAUAAAAAUUGUAAAUAAAUUAGAACGGCCGUAGGCCAUCGAAAAAUUGCUGUAUCAAUUCCGCCCUUGAACUUCCAGUAAACAGCAUUGCCGUUGGCUUGUGUACGAUCCACGAGAACAAUAAUUAAUUUUUUAUUGGAAGUUCAAGAGAUGAAUCAAAGUAUCGGUUUAUGAGGGGAAAUAUAGUUGAAAUUGUUUAAUAAAACCGGACCCAAUCGAAUUCCUUCACCGAAUCACGAAAGUAUACGACGCAGAAUUAAUGAAUCUUGAAGCACCAGACGCAACAGUUGAUGACAUUGUCUCAGUAAUAAAUUAUUAUCAUUGAAAAUUCAUGGCUAAUUGUUCGUUUUUGCAUAUCAUUGAGGGCGAGUGAAUUUUCACAAUAGAAAAAUCAUUGUAAUUUCAUUGUAUUAGCUGUAUCCCGUCGAAUUCGAAUCAUCAGUCAGUUCAUUUCACGUGAAUUUUUCUUGGUCUUGUAUGAAUUACAAUACACACUCGUCGAUGUAUAUUGAUAUAAAUUAAACUUACAAUU